CUCAUUUGGCUGCAUGGCAUGGCAGGGGUUGGAAAGUCUGCUGUUGUAUUUACCAUGGCUGAAAGGAUGAGAAGUCUGAAAGUCACCAACCAUAUGAAGAUCAAGAAGUGGCUUGCAGGCACAUUCUUUUUCUCAUGCAAGCAUACUGAACACUGCAUGACUGGAUAUUUUUUUGUGACACUUGCAUACCAGCUUGGAUGCAAUUUUCCCAGCAUCUGGGAAGACUUGAACAGAGCCAUCCACAAGAAUCCUGCUCUUCUAGAUCCCAACAAAUCUCUUUGUGAUCAGAUGGAGGGACUCUUUCUGAGACCUCUGCAGAAGCUU